UUUCUGGACAGAUAGUAAAGUUACAAGUAUUAUUUCAGAAUGGGAAAGAUCACCUUAGAAAUGCUGGCGAAAUCUCCAAGCCAUACAAAGAAGAGAAGAGAUGAAACUGUGCAACAAUAUGUGCGGAGGUUGACUCACUUGUAUUUCUCAGAGAAAAACAUUGAUGAAAUUGAUAAUCUGCAUCACUGCCGAAAUCUAUCAGUUCUCUACCUUUAUGACAACAAUAUCGCGAAGAUCAAGAAUCUUGGUUUUGCAACCAGCCUAACACAUUUAUACCUUCAGAAGAAUGAGAUUACUAAAAUAGAGGGACUUGACAAUCUCAGGAGAUUAUCAAAGUUAUAUCUUGGGUCUAAUUCUAUCACUGUUGUGGAAGGGUUGGAGAAAUUGGAGAGUCUGCGAGAGCUUCACAUUGAGAAACAGAAUCUACCUCGUGGUGAAAAACUUCUCUUUGAGCCAAGAUCACUUGAAGCUCUUUCUAAAUCACUCUGUGUGCUGAACAUAUCUGAAAACAACAUGGACUCCGUUGAGGAGCUGAGAUGUCUCAAGAACAUGACACAGUUUUUCACAGAAAACAACUGCCUCUCAGAUAUGAAGGAGUUUUCAAGAGUCUUGGUAUCCUGGCCAUCAUUGUGGAGGUUAGAACUGACUGGGAAUCCUAUUUGUAACAAGAAAAAAUACAGGGACAGAGUCAUUGUCAUGUCCAGAUCAUUAGUUAUGCUUGAUGGCAAGGAAAUCAAUGAAACUGCCAAACGAUUUUUGAUGAACUGGAAAGCCAGCAGGGAUGCAAGAAGGAGACAAAGAAAACAACUACAUUUCCUCGAAGGCGGAGCAUCAAAUCUCACAUCAGAUUCAUCAAAUGUAUUGUCUAAUAUACCCUCUCUUCCACCCAUUCUGGGGCUACCAAGUGCUGAUGAAGGAUAUAUGAUAAACCCUGGGGUUAAUCCAUUUCUUUAUGAAGGAGUUGUGGCUGGUGGACCCCAGUCUCUAGCACUUCCCAGGGGCACAAAACCAUUUGCAGCCAUAAUGCAAGCGAGAGCUCCAAACUCAACUCUUCUAAACAGGAAACCUGUAGAAGAUGUGUCACAAUCAAGGUUUCCAAACAUCUUUGCACCACCACGCCCUAUCAUUUCUGAGUCAAACUGGGACACUGACAGUGAUGUCCACAGUGGACCACCUGUGUCACUACAGACAUAGUAGAUUUUGGACAAUAAAAAUUUCUAAAAAAAUUCUUCAUCAGUAAAACAAAUUUUUUGUAUGUUUUGGAUAAAAAAAAACCCAAUGUUAUUGAUACCAAAAUGUCUAAGCAAUAAAGUGAGCACUUGAAUAUAAAUCUUCAAAAUUUUUUUUUUAUUCAAUUGGUAAAUAUAAUUCUAAAUUGUGUUUUUCAAUUCAGGAAAGGUUUACAAGUAUAUCUAAUUGUGUGAUUCAUUACUACUAAAUUAUAUCCUAGAUUAUUGCUGGUGAACUUGAGCUAUAGAUAUUCAAGACUGUUGCAGCCCCCUGUAAAUUGUAAAUUAGUCUGUAUAUACAUUGUUAAAUGUACAUGUUAAUAAUUAUGACAGAAUGUAUUUAUUAACUAUACCUAGUGCCAAAAAAGCACAAGACUGAGUUCGUCUAGAGUCAAAAAGACACCAAUUUUGAUACAUCGAAAAAAAAUUAUUUCAAGGGUUUUUACCACUUCUCACUUGAUGAUUGAGAUAUGUAUUUUCUAGCUUUAUCACACAUUACAGGAUAAAUGUAAUGUGUGACUGAAAACUAAAUAUGUUUCUUUUUUUUAAGUUUGUUCCAUGUUAUUUUAGCUUGGCAAUAGAAGGUAUUUUUCUUCACUUGAUGGGGUACCUCAUUUUUUAGUACAAUUUCAAAAUGCUAUAAAAACUUAUUCGGCAACAAUUCUAGAUAUGAAUUUCUUCUCUCCAAAUUUUGUAUUUAAUUUUAUGGGUAUGAUCACUGAGUUCAAUUCACAGUUAGAUACAACAUAAAAUUCUUUUAUAAAAUGAAAAAAAAAAAUGAAAGAAAACUUGCAAGGUCUAUGUUGGGACAGAUUAAGAGUUUGAAAAGAAAUAAAGUUGUACAAGUGAU